GAGCGGACGAUGACACGAAGACCUCUUGAGAUGUGCUGAUGAAGAUCCUCAGCUCAAAAACAUGAUUGCUCGGCGCUGCUUUCGCGCCAAGCGGCAGCUGCUUUCACAGCAUCCCCUCGUCUGUGUGCCGCCAUCGUGGUUGCGCGGCUUCGCCAGCGAAGCAUCGGGGUCGCCUUUGCUUGGGCAGCGCGCAUGGGUGCACCCUACUGCAGUGCUGAUAGGGCGGGUCAAGCUGGGAGAUGAGGUGUCCGUCUGGCCGAUGGUGACCAUACGAGGAGGUAAACAGCCAGACAUACCCACAAUGAGAGGCAGCAUGGCAUGCACACGUGAAUGAUUCAUUUUGUGUUGUCUUUCUAAUUCGUUUGUGUGGUCCAUCAGACGUCAACACGAUAGAGGUCGGAGCUCGAAGCAACGUGCAAGGUGAGUACAUCCGUAUCAUUGAGAAAUCGAAAAGAGGCUCAUUCGUCGCGGCGCUGUGCCCUUUGUUUGUGUGUGGUCAGAUGGCGCGGUUAUCCAUGCGACCGGCUGUUACUCACAUGCGCCCCCUGGUGGCUAUCCAACCAAGGUCGCAAUGGCAACCAAAGCACACAGACAUGGAUAUGAUGCAAAUAUCAUCCUGAGCUCUCUGUGUGUGUGAUCAGGUGGGCGAGGAUGUGACGAUAGGUGAGCCGACGGGAUGACAAGGACAGGGGGGAUACGAUUGCGCCUGUGUUCAGGUCACAAGGCGUUGCUGCACGGCUGCACCAUCAGUGACCGUGUGCUCAUCGGCAUGGGGGCCAUCAUCAUGGACGGUAAAGGGGCGGGCGACAGAAAGACACACUCACAUGCCAUUUCCGUGCAUCCCAUCCAUCUGCCCAUCUGUGUGCAGGGGUGUCGAUUGAGCCUGACGUCAUUGUGGUGGGCCCCACGAAGUUGCAAGAAUGUCGAGUAAUUGAUUUUCGGUUUCUGUGUUCGCCCUGUAGGCUGCUGGUUCCCUGGUGCCGCCAGGCAAGGUGCUAACAAGCGGACUGUGGAAGGGGAACCCCGCACGCUUCGCCAGAGAGCUCACAGGGGAAGAGCUGCAGUUCCUACCGUAGGCAGCAGACACGACAGAGAACCAAAUGCGGCUACUGCUUCAGCUGAUAUCCUGGACCUGUGUGUGUUUGGUGUGUACAGGCAGAGUGCGAAGAACUACAUGGAGCUGAAGGACCGCUACCUGAGGGGAGACUUCCAGUGACGCUCAGACAGACAGAGAUAGUCAGUCGGAUGGAUGGACGGCUGGACGGAUUGGCAAUGGGCCAGCCAUGUGUAGACAUUCUUACGUACGUGAGUGCCAUCCGCCACAAAACCCAGAUUUACAUGAAAAUUCUGCCACACACACAGGCGCCUCGUUCCGUCAGCAGCAGCGCAGUAUAGGCGACGGCUGGUGCAUCGUGUGUCGGAUGGAUGGGUGCAUGCACAGGCCGUGACGUUGUGUAUACUUGACGUGCUGACAUUCUCCACCAAUGAAUGGGUGAAAUCAGCGUGUUGCUGC